AUGGAGCAGUCUAAUAAGCCACACAGAGCUGACUCUAACAAGUCGACAGCUAAGAAGAAGCUCCAUUCCCAGGGCCAUAACGCAAAGGCCUUUGCGGUCAAUGCUCCUGGGAAGCUCCAGAGAAUGGCAAAGAGAUCCUCUGAUCUUAAUGAGAAGAAACUGCACGUUCCUAUGGUUGAUAGAACUCCAGAUGAUGAUCCUCCACCUGUUAUCGUUGCCGUUGUGGGACCUCCGGGUACCGGUAAGACAACACUGAUACGCUCAUUGGUGAGAAGACUGACAAAGCAUACGCUAAGUGAAAUUAAAGGCCCAAUUACCGUUGUCAGUGGUAAGCACCGUCGUUUGACGUUUAUUGAAGUAGCCAAUGAUUUAAACUCGAUGGUUGAUGCGGCCAAGGUUGCUGAUUUGGUGCUGCUGCUUGUCGAUGGUAACUUUGGAUUGGAGAUGGAAACUAUGGAGUUCUUGAACGUUGCACAGCAUCACGGUAUGCCCCGUGUCAUAGGUGUCACCACACAUCUGGACUUGUUCAAGAGUCAGUCCACUCUGAGAACCUCGAAGAAGAGACUCAAGCAUAGAUUCUGGACAGAAGUGUACCAAGGUGCCAAGUUAUUCUACCUUUCCGGUGUCAUUAACGGUAGAUACCCAGAUCGUGAGAUCCUUAACUUGACCAGGUUCAUUUCAGUUAUGAAGUUCAGACCCCUAAAAUGGAGAAAUGAACAUCCGUAUCUCCUUGCUGACAGAAUCACCGACCUGACGCACCCAACAUUGAUUGAGAAGAACCCUAAAGUGGAUAGAAAAGUUGCCAUCUAUGGUUAUCUCCAUGGAACACCAUUGGCUUCUUCAAAUGCUAGGGUUCACAUCGCAGGAGUUGGUGAUUACACUGUUUCUAAUAUCGAAAAAUUACCAGAUCCUUGUCCAACACCUUAUUUUGAACAAAGAUUGGAAGACUUGGAAAGGGAAAGGGCUAAAGAGGCCGCAGCUAACGGUGAACAGAUUGCAAAGACUACUAGAAGAAGAAAACGUCUUGAUGAUAAACAAAAGAUCAUUUAUGCACCAAUGUCUGAUGUUGGUGGUGUUCUCGUCGAUAAGGAUGCUGUGUAUAUUGAUAUCGGUGAGGCUUCUUUCAACCCAGGUGAAGAGAAAGGUGUUGGUGAGAAACUGGUUACUUCGUUGCAAGGUGUGGGCAAGACCAUUGAUGAACAAUUUCAGGAAGGACCAGGCUUACAACUGUUUUCUAGUGGUAAGAAGCUGAACAAAGUGGAGGAAGAAAGUGAGAAUGAUGACGAUGAGGAGGAUGAAGACGAGGAAGUUGUUGAUACAGGUAGAACCACGAUGAGAAGGGCCAGAGUCUACAAGAGCCAAUCUGAUGCAGUUGACGACGAUGAGCUUGAUUCUGAUGAUGAGGAUAACUUUGAUGAAGAUGAAGGGGAAGAUGCUAGACGCCGUCUUGUUGAAGUGGACUUUGGUGAUAAUUCCAACGUUGAUUAUGACUUGGAAGAGGCUACAACCUUAAGCGAUGAAGAAAACGAUUGGCAACUCUCUGCUUCUAAAUUACAAGGCACCAUCAAGAGAAAAUGGGAUAUUGGUAAAUUGAUCUAUAUGAACAAUAUUGAUCCAGCAGACGUUGUGCGUCGUUGGAAACAAGAAGAGGCUGAAGAUGACGAGUCCAAUUCUGAAUCUGAAGAAAACAUUGAAGACGAGGAUGAUGACGAUUUCUUCAAGAAGAAAAGCGAAGGAACAACCAAGCAAGUUGAGGAUUUGGAUUGUUCCCUGCCGAAAUAUGCCCCGGUUGAAGAGUUGAAGGCCAAAUGGGAUGGUGAUUCUAUUGACUCUCUGAAAUCCAGAUUCCUAACCUCUACAAAGAAGAUCCUUAAUGAAGGUGAUGGCGAUGACGAUGAAGAGCUAUAUGGUGAUUUUGAAGAUUUAGAGGCAACUGGUGCAUCUGAGAACAACGAUAAGCAGGAGAAUGAUGAUGAUUUCCCUGAUUUUGAUGCUGAAGAGGAGAAGGAUGAGGUCAUUGAUGAACAAGACGAUUCUGAAGAAGAUGAGGAGGAAGAGGCAUUCGACCCAACUUUAUCCCUCGAAGAGCGUCGUUCUUUAAACGCUAAGAAGAAGGAAAAACUUCGUCUACAAUUCGAGGAAGAAGAGGGCCAUAAUUUCAAAGAGGACCAGGCCAUGACUGAAGAGGAAACCUGGUACGAGAUGCAGAAGGCCAAGAUGAGCAAACAAUUGGAGAUCAACAAAGCAGAAUUCGAAUCUAUGGACCAGGAACAACGUAUUAGAAUUGAAGGCUACAGAGCCGGUUCUUAUGUUAAGUUGGUUUUCGACAACGUUCCACCUGAGUUUAUCGAGAACUUUGAUGCCAAAUAUCCUCUGAUUCUCGGUGGACUACUUUCCUCUGAAGAGAGAUUCGGCUUCAUGAACGUCAGAAUCAGAAGACAUAGAUGGCACAAGAAGAUUUUGAAAUCGAACGAUCCAUUGAUCUUAUCACUGGGAUGGAGAAGAUUCCAAACGCUUCCUAUCUAUACCACCUCGGACUCUAGAACGAGAUGCAGAAUGUUGAAGUAUACACCAGAGCAUGCGUACUGUAAUGCCACAUUCUAUGGGCCUCUAGUUGCGCCAAACACAACAUUCUGUGGAUCUCAAAUCGUUGCUAACAGUGAUACCACUGGCUCGUUCAGAAUCGCAGUGACUGGUAUCGUCGAAGAGAUUGACACUUCUGUUGAAAUUGUCAAGAAGCUGAAACUUGUAGGCUAUCCUUACAAGAUCUUCAGAAACACUGCAUUUAUCAAGGACAUGUUCACCUCUUCAUUUGAAGUCGCAAGAUUUGAAGGAGCACAGAUCAAGACGGUGAGUGGUAUCCGUGGUGAGAUUAAGAGGGCAUUGAGUAAGCCAGAAGGCCACUUCAGAGCGACGUUUGAAGACAAGAUUCUGAUGAGUGAUAUCGUGAUACUGAGAACCUGGUAUCCUGUCCAGCCUAAGAAGUUCUACAACCCUGUUUCGUCCCAUCUUCUAAGUGACCAUGGAGAAUGGAAAGGUAUGCGUCUUACAGGUGCUAUUAGGGCAGCAGCUGGUAUUGAGCUGAAGAACUCGACAGAUUCUCUCUACAAGAAGGUGGAAAGAGAAGAGAGACAUUUCAACGGUCUAAAGGUUCCAAAGAGCAUCAAAGCAGAUUUACCAUUCAAGUCUCAAAUCCACGAGAUGAAGCCUCAAAAGAAGAAGACGUAUAUGCAAAAGCGUGCUGUUGUUCUUCAAGGAGAGGAGAAGAAAGCCAGGGCAUUGAUGCAAAAGUUAGGAACCAUUGCUAGGGCGAAGGAGGAAAAGAAGAGAGAGACGAAGGAUGUUAAACGUAAGGAGAAGUUGAAGAAGCUGGCCAAGGAAGCCGAGAUGCGUACCGAGAAGGAGAAGG